CCAAAGUGAGCACAGAAACGAGGGAGAGUGUGACAGAGUCCGCCGGAUAGACAGUGAGAGAGAGAGCAAGUCUGAGCUAUGGCGACAUUGAAUUUGGCAGUGGCGGGAGCAACAACUCGCGCAGCUGGAGCAAGAGCUUCGCCAAUUUCUGACCCGUCGACUUCUCGUGUCUCCGUCUGCUGCUCCUCCUCCUCACCAUCAUCGACCAGUUGUAGCUUUUCUCCUCUGUCCGCUUCGGCAUCCUCCGCAUUCUCCUCUCGAUCUCGUUCUCUCCGUCAGCUCGUCAGGGAAAUCAAGUGCAGGGGCAAGGUCGUCACUCUCGUUACCCCCCGAUGUGAAGAAGAUGGCAGCAACUCCGACGAGAAGAUACCAUUCGGCUAUACGAGGAAAGAUGUGAUUCUAAUUGGAGUCGGUCUUCUUGGCGUUGGCGUCGGCCUCAAAUACGGGCUAGAGGCCUUCGGAGUAGAUUCGGCGAGGGCAGGAAAUGCAGUGCAGCUGAUUAUGGUCCUGGGUCUCACAGUAGGCUGGAUAUCAAGCUAUGUCUUCAGGGUCUCCACCAAGGAAAUGACUUAUGCUAAGCAACUGAAAGACUACGAGAACAAAGUGAUGCAGAAACGCUUGGAGGAGUUGCCUGAAGCAGAGCUGGAGUCAAUGUUGGCCCAGAUAGAAGAGGAGAAGAAGAUUUUGAAGGAAAGUCGCAAGAAUAUGAACUAGGAUAUGGCAAAUGUGUCAAAAGUGCUAGACCCAAACGCCGCUGGCUAGUUUAUACGUACCAUCGAGGUACCAAGUAGAAGUGACGUCGAUUACACAGUAUACUCUUUCCUUCAUGUAAAUUCACAGACAUUGUUCACUUGGACAAACGCUUAGUUCGGAUCGAAGGUUGAUUUGUAUUUUAGGAUGACUGAUUAUGAAGUUUUCUUUCUUGUUCCCAAAAGGCUUGCCUGCCUGCCUCAAUACUGAAAGAUCUAAUGAUCUAAUGAUGAAGAGAUCGCGUGUGCUAUACUGCAAACUUGAUGAGCGAUCGUAGUCCGAUGGAACCCAGGUCUCACAUCACUCAAUCCAAUUGCC